GGAGUGUAAAGAUAAUCCCUCCCCACCCGCAUUAAUCCCAACCACACAAUAAUUCGGUCCCAAAUCAACUAACCCAUCUCAAGCCGUUAUUUUAGCCUUUGUUAAGAAACAAUAAUAAGCUGCCAUCUGGGCAUUUAGCCGGCCCUCAAAAUCUGAAUUCCUAAAUUAGGCUCCCUUCGUCUCGUAAGAGGGAGGAGAGCGCCCAAGAAAAAUGAGUGACUCCAGGGAAAGUUCUCCAGAUUGGCUUCGCUCCUUCCAGGCUCCAACUUAUUCGCCGGUGGCUAUAUCAUCGGGGUCCAGUUUAUCUCUGAAUGACAGUCCUGAAAGGGUGGAUCUAGCCAACUCCCAGUCACUAGAAAGUGAGAACGUUCCUGAUUCAGAUGGUGAAAAUGGUGGUCAGUCUCCAUCAGACGAGGUUUCCAAAGCCAAGGCAUCAAGAAAGAAGCCAAAAGAAGACUACACUUCACCUGGGAAGAAGAAGAAAAAAAACAACAGUAUUGCACAUGAAGAUGCUGUAGAUGCUGAGGGAUCAGCACCAACCAGGGUCUCAGAUGACUUUAUUUUGGCCCUGUCUUCGGAUUCCGAGUCUUCUCCUGAUGGUAAACCAAGAGCAAAAGCAAGAAGAUUAUGUAGUCCAAAGAAGGAAAAUGAUAAGGAUGCAGCAUUAGUUGGUAGCAGUGAGAACUCUGUACCGAAGAAGGUUCCAAAAGAAAAAUCUCCCAAAAAGAAAUCAAAACUAGAGGAUGAUACUCUACAUAAGAUAAAUAGGAUGGAUGACCUGCAGAAGAAGGGAGGAAAUGAGGACCUGGAAGCACCAGAAGAGGACACAACUGAGAAGCCUAUUAGUUCCCGGGUUUCUACCUCAAGCUUAUCUCUGGUACUAUCCGAGAAAGUCCAACGUUCAAAGGCACUUGUUGAGUGUGAUGGAGAUUCCGUUGAUUUAAGUGGGGAUAUGGGGGCUGUAGGACGCAUAAUGGUACAAGAUAGCCCCGCUGGAAAUAGUGACAUGUACUUCGAUCUGAAAGGAACAAUAUACAGAACAUCAAUUGUUCCGUCCAGGACAUUUUGUGUUGUUAGCUUUGGCCAAUCAGAGGCAAAGAUAGAAGCCAUUAUGAAUGACUUCAUUAAGCUAACACCACAGUCCAAUGUUUAUGAAGCUGAAACAAUGGUUGAAGGAACACUUGAGGGUUUCUCUUUCGAUUCAGAAGACGAAACAGAAAAAGUGCAGAGGAAAGCUUCUCAUCCAUAUCAGAAUGAGGGCAUUGAAGAACAGCCCAAUGGUGGGGGGAAAGCCAAGGCGAAAGCGGAUAAGUCAUCAGGUUUUGAUAAGAAGAAAAGCAAGAGUGCAGGAGGGAAGUCUAAUCCAACAAAGCGAGCAACAAAGAGAAAUCAAGCUUCGAAGAGAGCUAAAGCCAAGAAAUGAAUUUCCGCUAAACUGUUAUGAUGCGAAUGCAUGUCCUUCACUUGGGUUUCCUUUGAUAUUUGCUGUCCAGAUGCUGACCUUGGUAGCUACUUUGAGUUGGUUAGAAGUUGAAUUGUCUGCAUAAUGUGCUAGAAGAAAGGAAUUUGUUACGUGAGCCAAUGAAUGUAUUCUAUUCAAAUGCCUAGUAAGUUUUGUUUAGUUUGGUGUGUUCUUAUGAUGUCUCGUACAAAUACUGUAUGGAGUAUGGUGUCCUAACACUUGAAGAACACUACAAUUGGGAUCAUUUCAUUCAUAAAUUAACUGUAUAAGAGACAGCUGUGAGUGAUUCAUGUCUUGUUCAUCAGAAAUGCUUCAUACGAGGAUCAAUGGAAGAAUGCCAAAGAUAAACGUGAGCAGGACAAUAAUUUGAGGAGGCGGGAGAGCGUUUGAGGUGGAAAUCAUCCCAGCGGCUCCCCCUUGGCUGUUCUUCCGUGUUACCGGACCACCAAAUGUCUCAGAAGAAGAUGCACCGGUCAGUGGGUCGGGAUUAUGGUAAUUGUUGUUAUUGGAAGGGCAGAAGGUUAUUGCGUAGUCGUAAGCUUUGCAGGUGAAGGUGCUGGUUCCAUCGUCGAAGGCAUAGCUGUAAGCGCGGGGGCAGGCUCGCUUGAAGAUAGUAGAGUAGAAGGAUGGCCGGCAGGUGUUGGGGUUGGCAAACUGGCCGCUGCAACAGUACUGGUCCAGGCCGAAUGCCUCACAAGCACUCUUGCACGCUAUCACUCCUCCCUCACCGUCAAUACCAUCGAUCGUACUGGCGCUGACCACCUGAAGCUCCUUGGGGCACCCUAGGUUGAGGUCAGAAGCACAGCCAGUGGCGUUACAAGCUCCGUUGACGCCCACGGGCGUAGCGAUCAUAGGAAGAUUGUAUCCAUCAACGAUGCUGACAUCGUAAAAGUCUUUAUCAUUGUAGCCUUUGCCGAGUGUUAUCUCGAAUAAGGAAGCAGGAGGGGUGGCACCAUUGCCGUUGCACUCCAGUUUCCCUCCGCAGUCGCCGGUUUGACAGGUACCAACACCAGAUUGAUCGAAGGAGCAGCCCGUUCUCGCCCAUAUACGCCCGGACCAUCCUGGGAUGGUGGGGAUUCGAGCCGUCUGGCCCGUGUCAAGGCGAAACCCGGUGGUCUGGAGCUGCGGGGUGCCCGAGCCUGCUAGCGUUCCAGGCCAUAUGGGAUGGGGGCAAUUGUUGGUCAGGGUGAAGCCGCAAGAAUGGGAGGGACGAGCCAAAACGCACAAGGAGAAAACCACAAUGGGAACGAGGAGGAGGAUAUUCCAAUUCAUCAAGGCGAAUUAGUUGGUUAUUGAGGGGAUUCUAAUUGGCAAGGGGACGAGCUAGCUGGUAAUUAUGGAUCGAUUUGCAUGGCGGAUGGGCUAUUUGUAGAUGGGGAUGGGGGCUUGCCUUGUAUUGUUGGGUCUUAGCGGGAGAGGGAAUCUAACAACGACGAAAUUAACCCAAAAGUGAAGCGCUACGUUGCUUUGCUGAGGUUAGCCGCAACGCCACUUUUUUGGGUUUAGUAUUUUUCUUACUCAUGCUCACCUCACCAUGAAGCAAAAGCUAUUCCUUAUCCAUUUCUUGAGU